AUUUUUCUACCAACAACCAUCUUCUGUCAUCAAAAGUCUUACACUAUAUCCAGUAAAAUUUCUCUGUUUGACAAAGUAAACUAAUACUCCCCUCAAAAUGGCCUUCACAACCAAGGCGACAAUUGCAUCGUUUGGCGGGCGUCUGCUCAAGCUCUCACACCAGUCGUCCGUAACGGGCACCGAGAUGGCAGUGAACCUUUACCUCCCACCACAGGCCAACAAACAAAAGGUCCCGCUGCUCUUCUACUUGUCGGGCCUGACGUGCUCGCCCGAGAACUGCACAGAGAAGGGCUUCUUCCAGCAUGGCGCCUCCAAGCACGGCAUCGCCGUCGCCUACCCGGACACCUCGCCGCGCGGGCUGGGACUGCCGGGCGAGGACGAGAGCUGGGACUUUGGGUCGGCGGCUAGCUUCUACGUGGACGCCAAGCAGGACCCGUGGAAGGGCAAUUAUCGCAUGGAGACGUACAUCACCGAGGAGCUGCCCAGGCUGCUCUACGAGGGCUUCGCCGACAAGCUGGAUAAGGCCAAGGGCAUGAGCAUCACGGGCCACAGCAUGGGCGGCCACGGAGCCCUGUCGCUCUAUCUCAAGCACCCAGCCAUGUACCGCAGCGUGUCGGCCUUUGCGCCCAUUGCAAACCCCAGCAAGUGCCCCUGGGGCGAGAAGGCCUUUGGCGGCUACCUGGGCGACGACAGAGACGAGUGGAAGAAGCACGACUCGACGGAGCUGGUCAAGGGCUGGAACAAGGACCAGGACCUCAAGAUGCUGGUGGACGUGGGCACCGGGGACAACUUUUACAAGCAGGGCCAGUUGCUGCCCGAGAACUUGGAAAAGGCCGUCAAGGAUGCCGGUUUGAAGGGCUUGACUCUGCGUUAUCAGGAGGACUAUGACCAUUCGUACUUCUUCAUGGCCUCUUUUAGCGACGACCAUGUUGCGCACGCAGCCAAGUAUCUUGAUAUCUAAGCUUAUUGGAUAAUUAAACACUUUGUCACAGGAGCCGAUUCACAUGCAAAGACGGAACUAUAUCACUCAUGCAAAGCUGAUGUUAGACAUUGCCAAACAUCGGCCUAGUUUUACAGCCUUGGCCAAAUGUUUUUUUCUAUUUUUUAUUUUUCUUUACAAGCAAAUAAACGUAUUCAAGGAAAAUUGUAUUGCGAAACGAGGGUAUCACCAUGUUGUGUUUGUAUAGCAAAGGCCGAGUUCCCCGUCGUCAAUCGGUAUCCUAGGUAGCCUUCCGUCAAAUAUCAUAACGUCAUAAGAAGACAAAACCGGGG